AUGAAAAGCGGCGGGGCCCUCUUUGCAGCGCCGGAGGCGGAGCGGCGGCGGCAAGAGGAGCAGCGGCGGCCGGGUCGAGUGGCAGGCGCGCAGCAGCAGCAGCAGCCGCCGCCGCCGCCGCCCCGCCAGCGCCGCCACCGGACCAUCUUCAGCGAGCAGCAGCUAGCGCAUCUGGAGGCGGCGUUCUCGCGCACCCACUACCCCGACGUGGCGCUGCGGGAGCAGCUAGCCCUGCGCGUGCACCUGCGGGAGGAGCGAGUGGAGGUGUGGUUCAAGAACCGCCGGGCCAAGUGGCGAAAGCAGCAGCAGCAGCAGCAGCAGCAACAGCAGCAGCCGCUGGGUCCCGCCGGAACGCUGCUCCCGUGCUGCAUCAGCGACGGGCCGGCCGACGCGGUGCACGACCCUUUUGCAGUUUUGCCUGGCCAUCAGUGUUCGCUGCUCACACCGGGUCGCUGCACCCCGUGAGCGCAUCGUACCGGGGUGCUAACUUGGAGAUCGCCAGAUUCCGCCACGUUGUCAAAUUCUGUAAUGGCGGCGUUUCGAGCCAAUCGGAGGCGCCGCAGCAGCCCUGUGGGCC